CGGGGCGCGGCGGAGCGGCCGUCGCUGCCGGGCGCCGCCGCUGUCCCCGCUUGGCGCCGGCCGCGCUGCGCUGCGCCAUGAAGGCGAUCGUGCAGCGGGUGGCCCAGGCCAGCGUCACAGUGGGUGGUGAACAAAUCAGUUCGAUAGGACGAGGCCUCUGUGUGCUGCUGGGCAUUUCUUUGGAAGAUACACAAAGAGAGCUGGAGCACAUGGUUCGAAAGAUCUUGAACUUGCGAGUCUUCGAAGAUGAAAGUGGGAAACACUGGUCCAAAAGUGUGAUGGAUAAACAGUAUGAAGUGUUGUGUGUGAGCCAAUUUACUCUCCAGUGCAUCCUGAAGGGCAACAAGCCUGAUUAUCACAUGGCAAUGCCCACGGAGCAGGCAGAGUCUUUUUAUAACAACUUCCUAGAGCAGCUAAGAAAAGCCUACAAACCAGAGCUUAUUAAAGAUGGCAAGUUUGGUGCCUACAUGCAGGUCCACAUCCAGAACGAUGGUCCUGUAACAAUAGAACUGGAGUCCCCAGCAGCCACUGUAGAUCCUAAACAACUGACAAAACUUGAAAAACAGCAACAAAGAAAAGAGAAGACCAGAACCAAGGUGCCCUCUGAGUCAAGUAGAGAAAGAAAUGCGUCCCGAAACAAGGAUGACCCCAGUGCCAGCAGCGGAGCAGAAGGAGAUGUGUCCUCGGAAAGAGAGCCUUAGCUCAUCCAAAGUAGGCCACAGAUCCAUGGGAGGCAGAAGAGCAUUUGGAAACUGCCUGCCAACAGCAAGAGCUGAGAAGAAGCUGCAGAACUGCCAAGGAAGCUUCGGGGGAAAUGAAAGACUGCAGGUUGUUACACUUUGACUUCAUUCAGAGAUGAUGGCACCUUUUAUAUCUGCUAUUCCCCAGGUCUGCCUUGCCUUUCCAGUCUGCCCUGGAUGCCUGCUGUGACUGCCAUCAGAGCCAGGAUGCACAGCUCUCUGUGGGGAUAACUCACUGGUGAGAGUUGUUAAUCCAAAUGCACAUCAGAGUUACAAUGCUGCACAUCGUAUAACCACUGUAGGUCUUUUGUUUUUUCUUUUUUUUAACUUGUAGGCUGCUUUUUACCAGUUAAACCAAGAUAGGAGAGUUAGAACUACACCCUGACAUGUUUUUUUAAAAAACAUGAAGCUUAAGUAAAAAUUUGGUGAGCUACACAGCUGGCAUUUGAACAGGAAUGGUGAGUGGGCAGGAUAGAUGGAAGUGUUACCCUUAGUCUUGCCUUUAAGAAUGACAUAAUUUUCCAUCUGACUGUUACAUGUAAUAUAUGUAAAAUGUAUGUUUGGGACAGAUGCUUCCCGUUCUCUUGUGCCCAGAGUAUCUUUAAGCAUCACAAUUAGUUUCAAAAAAAACCCCAACCAGCCAAUCCCACUUAAUUUAAAAGUCCUGUUUAGCUACUGUAGCUGAACAGUAUAUGUAAAGCUCCUUUAGCAAAAGUUACUGCCCUACUCGAGCAGCAAAUCUUGGGCAAGGCCACUUUUCCAAGUGCAGCUUUGAAAUUGGAUAUUUAUCCCAUGGAUUUUUCUGCUUGUAGAGAGCUGCAAGGAAAAACCAGGAGACAUGAAUUUCUGUCUUUUGUUCCUCUGCUUGUUAUUUCUUAGGAAGAAUGUUUUCUCAACAGAAGACACCUCCAGUGAAAAUGUGCUGCUAAUUGUGGACUGCUAAAAACCAGUAAAUACAAUUGUUAUAACACUAAAAAACUUUUGCAGGUGUUUUUCCAACACCUCCAUUGAGAUACUGGCUCUAGGGGCUGUGAUAGUGAAAAUAGGAUUUAAAGAAUGGAACAGUUAUAAUAAAUGAUGUUUCUACAAA